AUGCCGUCUCCAGCAGCAAAAAAAGUGAUGGAGCCAGUUAUGCCGCUGCUUCUCAAUUUUCGCCACAUCGUGAGUUAACCUAUAGGGAUUAGGGGAUGUACUAACAAUGCUCUUUCAGGAAAAGAUCAACUCGAUGGUCUACAAGCACCGCGAGCUUUCUCGGGCCACUGUACAGUGCCUCGGCAUAAUCGGAAGCACCGUGGUGUCCGAGAUCUGCGCUCUCAACACCAAGAUCACGGCAACUGCCAACAGCAUCGAAAAUGUCAUGAUCCGCAACGAUCGCGCUACUUUCGAGGUAAACUCCCUCGCAGGAAUGAAGCUGUUUUUGCGAGCAACCAGAAAGGAAUAAUAGCACGGCGCGAAUGUAUGAUAAUUGCGAUGUGGAAAGAGAUCAGAGGGCGCCGACAGUUGCGUCACGGUACUUUGGGAGGCUGGGAUCGCACGCGCUUUGAUCUUUCACAGGCGCUGGGGACACCGCCAUAUCGAAAACGGAAUUUUUUGCAGAAACAUCUCAAGUCGUACGAGGAGGGUCUCCAGACAAUGAUCGCCGAGUACACGAAACUCUUUAUCGCGGUGCACAAUCGCCCACCACCACCACCACUCGAUACGCCAGUUUGCGACGGGACUUUGGAUGGAAAGACACUGGAAAAUAACUGA